GAUCCUCCUUGAUGGCUCCUCUCCAGUACAGCUGUGUGAGGCUGUCUGUUCCUGUGUGGCUGGCCAGGUACUUUGCAAUCACAAUGUUGCCCUGCUCUACCAGACUGCACAUUAUUCACAGCUCCAACUUAGUGCUGUACCACCCGUCCGGAGCUGCACUGAGACAGAGCAACGCUGGCACAAGCCACGGACCAUGGGUGUUAAGCCAGGCCGAGUUAGGGAUAUGGUUGUGAUGGCGGCUAAACCAAAACAGAGGACUGUAGGAAGUGGUGUAAGAAGCACACUGUAUAAAGCAGUGCAGGGGGAGCUGCCUGAUCCAGACAUGCUGAAGGUGGCAGAGGUCUACGCUGACUUCCCUGCUACAUUGGCGCCACUCAUCACCACCAUGGCAAUCAGCUCAGAUAUCCCUCUGGUCCAGUCAGCGCUUGGACAAGUCCAGGAGGGAAGUCUUAUUGCAAUGCAGCACCCGGUAACCCUCAGUAGAAAUGUCCAGUAUUAUCCAGAUGCUCCUCCACCACCACCUUUACCGUUGGCUGAUUACAGGAUGGAACCCACGGCCUGCCAGUUUGUUUGCAGCUUCCAACAACAGCUGCAUCUGGUCUCUCUGCAAACAAGUUUGGAAACUGCCAGACAGGUGGAGGCUUCUACUCGGGACCAAAGCCUCUCUGUGGAGUGGUAUCGAGUUAGGAGCCUACGUGUAACAUCGUCCCACUUCAGAGAGGUCUGCCAUGUACGAGGUAACAGUACAGCACAACAGCUUGCAGAGAGGAUGAGAAAGGGUGUGGUUCAGACUGCUGCUAUGAAGAGGGGCCUGGCACUGGAGCCGGUUGCUGUUGAGGAGUACUGCAGGGUCAAGAACCUCAACUAUUGGCCCUGUGGAUUUGUAAUCCAUCCUGAUGCCCCCUGGUUAGGCUGUUCCCCUGACGGCAUUGUGUUUGAUCCCUUAGAAAACCCUCCAUUUGGCUUGGUGGAGAUCAAAUGCCCCAAUGCUAAGAGCUAUGUCGACUGCAAGUACUUAAAAUCAAAUGGUGACACUAUGUCACUAAAACGGCAGCAUGCAUACUAUUGGCAGGUUCAGGGGCAACUUCUCAUCACUGGCAUGGAAUGGUGUGACUUUGUUGUCUUUGCAGAAGAUGACAUGGUCAUACAAAGGAUAUACAGAGACAAGGAGAUUGCUGAAGUGAUACGAGAGAAGGGAGAUCACUUUUUCUUUUAUUUUUACAUGGCUGUUUGUUUAAGAUAAAAAAAUAAUCUUUACUUUCUUACAGAUUGUUCUAUUUACAUUCUGUCUUGAGUUUACAAUUGUUGUUAUUCUAGAUUACCCAACUUUUUGAAUCAGUUGAAGUAAAUCAGUUCAAGUUAUAGAUUUGUAAAAAUGAACAAUAACAUCUCUACAUUCUGUAAUGUUUGGGGUGUCAACAGCAAGACAUCAGUUCAAGUUGAAUACAUAUCUACACAAAAUGAACAAUAACAUCUCCACACCUGGUGAUAUUUGUGCACCUGUAAAAAUGAACAAUAACAUCUCUACAUUUGGUGAUAUUUGUGCACAUGUAAAAAUUAAUAAUAACAUCUCUACAUCUGGUGGUGA